AACGCAAAAUACAGGGAUACGUCUCCGUUCCUGCUUUUCAGUUUAUUUUCGUGCGCAAGUUUGCAGCUUGCUGCGUUUUCGCAUCGAUCGUAUGCUGAAAGUUGCGUCUCAUUCCUUUUUCUUCAAGGCUUUCAUGAUUGGCAGCUUAAUCAGGGCUACAGCAGCUGAAAUUUUCCACACUUCAGCUGCGUGUGCUUUAAGGGCUAGCCAUGCUUGUCAUCUUUCCCCAACUCUAGCAUUUGCCUCGUUGAAAACCCUCAGCUCUACGUCCAGAAGAAGACGGAUCGGCCGGUACGGUGGCAUGGCAACAAUGGAGGCGAGUGGCACUGAUAGCGGAGCUCCAGGGAAGGCUGAACAACAGCCCGAGCGGCGAAAGCGUGUGCUAUCCGGCGUCCAGCCGACAGGAUCAUUGCACCUCGGUAAUUACUUAGGGGCAAUUCGACAAUGGGUCAAAAAUCAAGACGAGUACGAGUCUUUCUUUUGUGUCGUGGAUCUUCACGCCAUCACGGCACCCCACGAUCCCAAACGCCUUCGGCAGGAGACCAUCGAGGCCGCUGCCUUGUACCUGGCUGCAGGUAUCGAACCGAGUAAAAGCACGAUUUUUGUCCAGUCCCACGUCUUGGCCCAUACCGAGCUGACCUGGUUGUUGAACUGCGUCACGCCUAUGAACUGGUUGGAGCGCAUGAUUCAGUUCAAGGAAAAGGCGAUCAAGCAAGGAGAGAACGUCGGCGUGGGCCUUUUCGACUACCCGAUCUUAAUGGCUGCCGACAUUUUGCUGUACCAGGCUGACUUGGUGCCCGUGGGGGAAGACCAACGGCAGCACUUGGAGUUGACCCGCGAUAUAGCCCGACGUUUCAACGACCAAUUCUGCAACAAGAAGGCCAAAAGAAGAAAGGUGUUCCGAGACCCAGCGGCCUUGAUCGUCACGGAGGGUGCCCGAGUGAUGUCCCUCUUGGACGGAACUAGCAAGAUGAGCAAAAGCGCGGAAAACGACGGGAGCCGCAUCAAUCUCUUGGACAGCCCCGACACGAUUCGCGCCAAAAUCAAACGCUGCAAGACAGACGCGUCGCUGGGCUUGGAAUGGGACAACCCCGCCCGUCCGGAAUGCACAAAUUUGUUGAACAUCUACCUGGCCGUGACGGAGGGGGCGGGGGCGACGAAGGAGAGCGUGUUGGAGGAGGUGGCGGGGAUGAAUUGGGGGGCGUUCAAACCUUUGUUGACCGAGGCCGUGGUGGCGCAUUUGGAGCCGAUCCAACGGAAGUACCGGGAGGUGAUGGAGGAUCCCGAGCACAUUGAAAAAAUCUUGACCCGA